UCGGCAAUAUGAUACGUCUUCUUGGUAUGUCCUAUUUCAUUUGGUAUUUUUUCGAUACACAUCUGUUAAUUUAUACUGAGUUUGGAGUUUGUGUCUUGUAGAUGUAGUCUUGGACUUAAGAACUAUCUCUUAUUUACGAUUUUAUCAUACGUGUAAAGCUUACAUGGUGAUGUGUUAUGUUAGAUUUAGUGGACAAUGACAUCAACUGGAAUCCGACAAUUCACUGCAUAGAGUGGCAUCACAUUUUUCUGCGCAGUGUUGAGUCCAGUAUUAUGUCUCUUCAGUCCCAGUGAUGAUGUUAUUAAACUAACUGACCAGAAUUUCGAUACUGUGACAUCAAGCAAGGAGCUGUGGUUUGUAAUGUUUUAUGCACCUUGGUGCGGCCAUAGUAAAAACGCCGUACCAGAUUGGAAGCGACUCGCAACUAACUUUAAGGGAAUUGUAAAAGUUGGCGCUGUAGAUUCAGAUAGCAACCCUGGAGUAACACAACGGUUCUCAAUUCAAGGUUAUCCGACAAUUAUGAUUUUUGGAGACAACAAAUACAGUCCUAAAGCUUACAAAGGUGGCAGAGAUAUUGAAAGUCUUAACAAGGAAGCUUUACGCGAAUUGGUUUCACUGGUGAACUCAAGGACGGGAUCUGCUUCAUCAGACGAUUCCUCUGAAUCUGAUGUAAUCAAGUUAACUGACAGCAAUUUCAAUGAAAAGGUUCUAAACAGUCAAGAACCGUGGUUAGUGGAAUUUUUCGCUCCAUGGUGUGGCCAUUGUAAAAAUCUGAAGCCCCAUUGGUACCAGGCAGCACGUGAAUUGAAAGGAGUCAUGAAGCUUGGAGCCUUGGAUUCUACAGUCCACAGUCAAAUGACUCAGAAGUAUGGUAUUCGAGGUUUUCCUACCAUUAAAUUCUUCCCCGCUGGACCCAAAACUGAUGAUCCAAUUGAUUAUGAUGGAGGCCGAACUUCUGAAGCAAUUGUUGCUUGGGCUAUGGAGAAAGCAGAUGCUUUAGCACCUACACCUGAGGUUACUGAACUUAUUUCAGCAGAUAAUCUAAAAGAGGCGUGUGAAAAUCAUCCACUCUGCAUAAUCAGUGUAUUUCCUAUGCUAUACGAUUGUCAAUCAGAUUGUCGUAACAAAUACAUAGACAUACUGAAGACUGAAGCUGGCAAUUUCAAAAAACAGAAAUGGGGAUGGCUUUGGACUGAAGCUCUUAAGCAUCCAGAAUUGGAAAAGGCAUUCGACAUCGGUGGUUCAGGUUAUCCAGCUAUGGUAGCUGUGCAUGGUCGUAAAAUGAAAAGGACUACACUUCGAGGUUCAUUCAGUUCAAACAGCGUUCAUGAAUUUCUAAGGGCACUCUCAGUUGGUGGUGCUAACCUUCCCUUAUUUGAUGUAAAAUCUUUGCCCGAAAUAAAAACAGUUGAACCAUGGGACGGGAAAGAUGCCAAGCCUAUCGAAGAAGACGAUGACGUGAAAGUGGAAUUGUGA